UAACAGGAAAAUCAUUUUACCAGUCUCUGUCUCUCUCACCACUUUUUCUUGCCCCCAGCAAAAAAAUUUCGCCACGUGAUGCUAUAUGAUUUUGAUUAUGUUUUAACGACAUUACUGCCUUGGAAUUGUUAUAAAUUUCACCAAUAAUCAAAGGUUUAAUUGUGAUCGAAGGGGCCAAUUACAGUAUCAUCUGUUAAGAAUUUUGCCUUCUGGCUUUUUGGGUAAUUCUCCUCGUGAAUUCGUGGGAGCACAAAAAAGGGAAUUUCUAGGGUUUCCUUACAAUUCUCUUUGUUUAUAUUUCGAAUUAUAAAUCGGUUGAUUUUUUAUGUGCAUAAUCAUGGCUGAGUGGCAACAAUUCGUUCAAUCGGUAUUCUUUGGUGUAAUUUUCUCUUUUUUACUCGCUAAAUUGUUCUCUGUAAUCUUCGCGUACCGCGAUGAAAAUCUCCGAAAUGCCCGUUCUGUUUCACCGGAACCUGCAUCCAAGCCCGCAGAGGAAACUGUAGCUUCGUUGUCUAGGGGUUUGGGAGAAAGCAAACCUUUGAUCGUCGAAAAUGAGGGAUUAGCCCGUGAGAGCUCGACUGUUGGUGAUCUUACCGACAGUGACGAUGAUUGGGAGGGUGUGGAGAGCACUGAAUUGGACGAGGCAUUUAGUGCUGCCACGGCAUUUGUGGCGGCCACUGCAGCCGAUAGCUCUGCGCAGAAUGUGUCGAACGAGGUGCAGUUGCAGCUUUAUGGGUUUUAUAAGAUUGCCACCGAGGGACCCUGUAGUGCUGCACAGCCUUCCCUGCUCAAGCCCACUGCUCGGGCCAAAUGGCAAGCAUGGCAGAAAUUGGGUGCUAUGCCUCCAGAAGAAGCAAUGGAGAAAUAUAUUGACAUUGUUACUACGUUAUAUCCCUCAUGGGCUAUGGGAUCAGGAACUAAGAGCAGAGGUGAAGAGAGCAGUGAUGCACCAAAUGCAGGCUCCAAGGGACCGAUGGGACCUGUGUUUAGUUCCUUUAUAUACGAGGAGGAUUCUGAAAGUGAAUUAAAAUUUGAUGCUAUACAUGCCUUUGCACGGGAAGGUGAUGAAGAGAAGUUGCUUAAGUGCAUUGAAAGUGGUGUUCCAGCUGAUCUGAGAGAUAGUGAGGGUCGUACUCCUUUGCACUGGGCUGUGGAUCGGGGCCAUAUGAAUAUUACAGAGUUGCUCUUGAAAAAGAAUGCUGAUGUUAAUGCAAAGGAUGAUGAAGGUCAAACACCGUUGCACUAUGCUGUUGUUUGUGAGAGAGCUGCCAUUGCUGAGUUACUAGUGAAGAACAAUGCUGACACAAAGAUAAAGGAUAAUGAUGGCGACUCUCCUUGUGAACUUUGUGAGUCGAGCUGGCCUUGGAUGCAACAAAUUAGCACUAGCGCUGAUGAUUAAUUCUAUGUUAUUAUUUCUUUCUAUAUAUUUGAUACUAAGACUGAUCUCUUUUGUAAUAGUUUAAACUUUUAAAUGUAACUAUUCAGUAAAAUUCAAAUGAACUUUUGAGUCUA